AUGUAAGUUUCAAUAGAGAUUGCAACUUGGACUUAAAAUAAUCAUGGGCUUUUUGAUUAUGAAUCAUCGGACCUAAAGGUUUCUAAAAUGAUGGUCUAAAAUUCAGUGUACUUAAUCCUUAAUAGUAUAAUUUUUGUUUAUGUUGCAAAUAGAGGAUGUGGUUGA